UUAUAAAGGGUGAUUUUUUAAGAGCUUGAUAACUUUUAAAAAAAAAAAACGCAUAAAAUUUGCAAAAUCUCAUCGGUUCUUUAUUUGAAACGUUAGAUUGGUUCAUGACAUUUACUUUUUGAAGAUAAUUUCAUUUAAAUGUUGACCGCGGCUGCGUCUUAGAUGGUCCAUUCGGAAAGUCCAAUUUUGGGCAACUUUUUCGAGCAUUUCGGCCGGAAUAGCCCGAAUUUCUUCGGAAAUGUUGUCUUCCAAAGCUGGAAUAGUUGCUGGCUUAUUUCUGUAGACUUUAGACUUGACGUAGCCCCACAAAAAAUAGUCUAAAGGCGUUAAAUCGCAUGAUCUUGGUGGCCAACUUACGGGUCCAUUUCUUGAGAUGAAUUGUUGUCCGAAGUUUUCCCUCAAAAUGGCCAUAGAAUCGCGAGCUGUGUGGCAUGUAGCGCCAUCUUGUUGAAACCACAUGUCAACCAAGUUCAGUUCUUCCAUUUUUGGCAACAAAAAGUUUGUUAGCAUCGAACGAUAGCGAUCGCCAUUCACCGUAACGUUGCGUCCAACAGCAUCUUUGAAAAAAUACGGUCCAAUGAUUCCACCAGCGUACAAACCACACCAAACAGUGCAUUUUUCGGGAUGCAUGGGCAGUUCUUGAACGGCUUCUGGUUGCUCUUCACCCCAAAUGCGGCAAUUUUGCUUAUUUACGUAGCCAUUCAACCAGAAAUGAGCCUCAUCGCUGAACAAAACGCGCGCGAAACACAUUUCGAACCGAACACUGAUUUUGGUAAUAAAAUUCAAUGAUUUGCAAGCGUUGCUCGUUAGUAAGUCUAUUCAUGAUGAAAUGUCAAAGCAUACUGAGCAUCUUUCUCUUUGACACCAUGUCUGAAAUCCCACGUGAUCUGUCAAAUACUAAUGCAUGAAAAUCCUAACCUCAAAAAAUCACCCGUUACUUUUAAUACACACAAACUCAUAUAUAGUUGAAGAACCCGUGCAAAUCACAUAAUCGGGUUAUUUUUAGUCACAGAAAUAUUUUGGCCUCACAAAAUUAUAAACACAUUAAAACAAGUCAAUCAAUUCAAAUUAUUACCAAUUAGACUCGUUAUAUUCGCAUUAGACCCUCUGCAAACAAUAUUCACUUUGUGUUUAUUUUUUAUUUUGUCCAAAAAUGUUGCUCAGUUCGUACGCAACGACAAACAGUAAAAGUCAUGAGCGACUCUUUGACCCGGUGCAUAAUUUUAAUAGCUUUGUCAAUUCAAGCCUUUGUGCCGAACGUUUACGCAAUCAAAUACACAUUCACCAAAAUGGAGUGUGAGGCGCUCGACCAAGAAUUACUACAAUUCGAAGAUUGCGGGGUGAACGCAGAUCAUGAAGCUCAUAUGCGUUUGAAGGUGCUCAAACCGCCACUGGACAAUAUAUCUGUAGGUACUUCACAUCGCUUCUCCAAAUAUAGUGGCUAUAUAGAAGUAUUUUUUUUCUCCCCAAAGGUACGAGUUGUGCUUAUGAAGCAUACAAGCGGUGAAUAUAGGAGCUUCUUUUUGAAUACGGAAUAUGACGUGUGCCGGUUCCUGAAGUCACAACGCAAUCCAUUGGUGCAGUAUUUGUUUCAAUUUCUGAAACCCUACACCAGUUUAAAUCACAAAUGUCCCUUUCCAGAGACAUCCAUGUACCUAAACAACUUUCGGGUAAAUGCCAGCAUUUUGCGUCCAAUGAAGAUCGUACUCGAUGGAAACUAUUCCUUCUUCAGCACUUGGAUGACUCAUAAAGUGAAUCGGAUGAAAAUUGAUUUGUAUUUUACAUGGGAAGCUUGAAUAUCAUGAACAUGCAUAGAUGAAAAUAUGAAUA